AUCGUUUGGAUCUUAUCUUGCAUAUGACACUGUGUGGAAGAAAGGCUGGAGGAAGAGCCAGAGAGAGAGGGGGAUUAUCUGUGAGCUGCAUCCGAUCCUCUGCACCCUGACACGGGAGAGCCUCGCUUAUCUCCCCCCUUCAUCCCCAUCUUCCAGGGACGAGUUCUCCACUGUCUCUUCUUUUGUCUCUGGAUCCCACGGACUGACUCAUCACUAUUAUCUCUCUUUUUUGUAUCAUCACAUUUGUCUCGUGCAGGAGCAUUCACCCUGCCUGACUUGUGACCCCCCCAUGCUGCAAGUUUCCAUGCGGACAGAGUCCAGAUAGAUUAUUUUAUUUCGGAGAGACUGAAGGUGCAUCUGUUGAACAUCUGAUGGUUGUUUCGGUGGAAUAUGACUUAAUUUGGAGUUGAAGCUCCGCCAAAGCGUGCUUUUUAAGUUCGUUUCCAGAAGAGUUUUGCUUCCAAAUUAUUUGUCAAGUUUCUCACGGAGGAGUGACCGCCAACAGAGAAUAAAGAUGAUGCUCAGUCCGGACCAGACGGAGGCCGACCUCUCCUGGACUCAGUCCGACCCGGAGUCCAUCCUCAACGGCCUCAAGUCCACCGGCUGCACCUCGGACGAGCCCUGCACGGAGGGCGAGGACCGGCCCAGAUGCAGAUCUGACCAGCCCCUGAGCCGGGAGGAGAAGAGGAGGCGGAGGAGGGCCACGGCCAAGUACCGCUCGGCCCACGCUACCAGAGAGCGGAUCCGGGUGGAGGCGUUCAACGUGGCCUUCGCCGAGCUGAGGAAAUUACUCCCCACCUUGCCCCCGGACAAAAAACUCUCCAAGAUCGAAAUACUCAGACUGGCUAUAUGCUACAUCUCCUAUCUCAAUCACGUGCUGGAUGUUUAAAAGUGACCCCCACCCCCCCAUGAGACAUAAAUGCUUUGGUUUGGGCUGAAGACUCAAGCGCGUAAAUGCUGUGCGUCAGUUGGGUAUGGCAAGGUUGGCUGAGGAGGGGGACGGAUACGCGAUAUUUUCGUAGCCUUUCAUUUAGUGCAGAGAUGACCUGUAGAAAAUGUGUUUUAAAAAACAGAAUAACGUGAUUGGAGGUUAAGGACAAUAUCUUUAAUAGGCUGUGUGCUACAAUAUAAGUCAAAUGCAGGGACUCAAAUUUAGGUUUUAAUUACAACAGAAUCUUAAAAUACAAAUCUAUGAAAUAUUCCCCUCUUGUCCCCGGAUCCCCGGAUGCUGGGACUUUGCCAUACCUGCCAGUUGACUGAGUUGCCCCCCCUCCCCCCGCAGUCUUGGUUAUUGUGACGGCGGUUUAAAAGUUGUGGGGAAAAAUGCACAACUUCCAGCCCAGACCUGUGAACAAAAAGCAACAAGCGCCGAGGAGCUGUUAGAUGCAAUAAUGAGAAUUAUGAUUAUCACCCGACAUGCAGUGUGGGGGGCUGCAGGUGUCCCGCAGGCAUUCAUGUCCCCCUCCCGGAGCAGGAGGAGAGGAGGGAGAAAUGUGGAGGGAUAUCAAGAAUUUGGUUUUGAAAUGAUAUUAGUUAAAUACUAAUGUCAUGGAUAUAUUUAAAUCACAGUCCUGCCCUCACUGUACAAAUCCGAGGUCUAAUAAAUAACACAUUUCACAUCGAGAGGAAGGAUGUAAAGAGAUAGCUGCUUUAGAUCUAGUUUAGAUGAUGUUUUCCGUGAAGGAAGAAAAAAAAUGCGUAAGUGCCACUUAUGACAUAUACAAUUGUGACCUUAAUCAUUUUUUAAAGUGUAUGGAAUUAUUUAUUUAAUUGUGUUUAUAUUUAAGGCUAAUUUAUUUAUGUUUAUAUCAUAGGCUGGCGUCUUUUUGUAUAAAUGUAUAUUGUUUGUUGCUUCUAUAUUUUAGGCUGUGAAUUGAACUUGGAAAGUGAUGGUGUUCUGUUACAAAAGGCCCGUUCUGUUACUCCAUCAUUUAUUCGUUUGGUGUAUGUUUGAUGUAUGUCAUUUUUACAUUUAUUUUUAAUGUCACGUCUAUUGCCUAUCAAUAGCAACGAUAAGCACUUCAAGAUGGGGUCCAAUGGCCCCAUAAAUGUUUAUUUCCCUCCACCGUUGUGUUGCUCGAAGAAUAAGAAACGGGCUGCUCAAAUUUGCAAUUUCAAAAUGUCAGACAAAUGUAAUAAACGGGGUCAUCAGAAGCAACCCUCUUUUUUGCUGUUACCAAAAAAAUAACACUGAUCAUUUUGAAAUAAUAGUCUGAAUUUAUUCUCCUCAAUGCUUUGAUGUUAUAUUUUGGUUUAUUUAUUUAUUUGUGUCUGCUUUGUAUUACGAAAAUCCAAUAAGUCAUUUUAUAGUGAAGGAAAAAAACAAACAUAUCCUCUAUCCAAAGAUUGUGUGUCUCUUCAGGGUUGUGUAGGCUACUUGUUGCUUUAUGCAGAUCUUUUGUAGUAGAGGUGUCUGUGACAGCUGGUUUCUAAUGAACAAACUUUCAUAUUUUCCGCUUUUAUUUUUAAUUAAAACGGAAAUACUUGAAAAAUCC